CUAACUAUGGUUAGUGGUGUAGGGUAUCAUAUAGUCGGCCCGCCCGAAUUUUGACCUUUCCUUACUGGAUUUGUUUAUGAUAAAGUAGGCAUAUACUUUCUUUGUCAUGUGUACAUAAAUUUUUGUGAAAAAAUUAUUGUGCAUUUUUUAAUGAUUCAUUUGUGAAAAUAGUUUCAAUAUAAUUUGUGUGAAAUUAAAAUAUUUAAAAAAUGUCUAAGCGGUGCAUAUUCGCGUGUGAAAAAAUUGUGAAAACCUUUGGAUUUCCGACAGAUUCCACGGAAAAAGAGGAAUGGUGUCGAAUUUUGGGGCUGAAAUCCGAAAAAAUUGGACCAUGGCCACGCCUUUGCCAAAGACAUUUUGAAAGUUCGUGCAUAGGUGCCAAAAAAUUUAAAAAAUACACCAAGCCAAGUAAGUAUAAGAAUAACAACAACAACACUGUGUCGGGGGUAUUAUAAGUUUGAUUGGGCCAAAAAUUAUGUAACACCUCGAAAUAUUGGUUCCCCGCAUAGGGAAGUAUGUAUGGAUCUUCCUAUCUCGCCGAGCUGAGUCGAUCUAGCUACGUAUGUCCGUCCGUACAUGUUAAUUUGUAAUCACGCAACAGGCCGCAAUUAUGGCCCGAUACUCAAAAUAUUUAUGGGUUAAAAUGAACCAAAAACAGACACAUUUUCCUGAUCACACAAUUGAAAUCAAUCGGCACGGAAUUUGGCAUGAGAAAAGUGUUAAGGACAGGGAAGACGUCUAGCAUUUGGAUUAUAUUUAGCUGUAACUAACAGCACGACGGAGUUCGUAAACACUUGGCAAAUGUGUCUAGUGAAAAAGCUAAGGGUAAUAUCUGGGCAGUGCUUUAUGACAUAAUUUAAAAAGCGAAAUCUUCCAAAAUAUAUUUGGACAUAAGGGUACUUCUACCAUCUUGCAGUGUUGUAGGGUAUCACAUAGUCGGCCCCGCACGACUAUAGCCUUUGCUUACUUGUGUUUGUUGUAUAUUUGUCGGCAAACUUAUGUCGAAUAUACCCGGUGUAAGGAAAUUGUACAAUUUAAUAUAACACAAAUAUUACCAUUUCCUUCAAUUGACAGUUCCUCUGUAUCCAUUUGGUGUUUUGGAAGAAAAAAAGGAAGCUGAAUUUCCGCAUUCACCAAAUCCCGAGGAGAAUUUUUUUGAAGAAAGGAGACACAUGGAAUUGCCGAAUAUCCCAAAACCUGAGGAGGAGAAAACAGAAAAUAUAUAUUGGCAAAUAAUGGAAAUUGAAUCGGAUGAACCCAUGCAAAAUAGGCCAAUGGAAAUUCUGAAAAAAGAAAAUUUAAAAUUGAUUCAAAACGAAAAGGAACUAAGAGCAGAAAAUGACGAACUAAAGCAAAAAAUCGAGGCACUGACAAAAGAACGAAAUGCGCUAACUUGUGAAGUUGCAAAACUCAAAACUGAGUUGGACAAUUUCACAAGGAAGUGCAUUGUUCCCUCCGUGAAUACAUCAGAAGAGGCACUAACUUUAGCUCGCAUGGGUACGGACGAACGAAAAGUUUACACUAAAAAAGAAAGAGAUAUUGCUCAAAAUAUAUAUUUUAGAGGUGCGAGGUGCUACAAAUUUAUGAGGGAAAAUAUAAAAUUUAAUUUGCCCAGCCCUAGGUCUCUAGGACGAUGGCAACAUAUACGUUCUCUAAAUCCUGGUAUAGAUAUUGCAGUUGUUAACAGCUUGAAAGCACAAGUGCAAAACAUGUCGGAAAGAGAACGCAUUUGUUUCGUCGUUCACGAUGAGGUGGAAAUUAAGCCCGUCCUAGAAUACAACAAGGCAGAAGACGUUGUGGACGGGUUUGAAGAUUUUGGCAAGAACAGAAGGUCCAAAGAGAUGGCUAGGAGAUGUCUUUUUUUUAUGAUCAAGGGCAUAUGUUCCGACUGGAAAUUUAUUAUAAGCUUUUAUCCUGUUUCUAAAAAUACGACAAAAGCCGUAAUGCACAAUGUCCUGUGUGAGAACCUGCAGGUUAUCCAGGACAUUGGCUUAGACGUGCGUUCCAUUGUUUGUGACCAAGGGGCUACAAACAUCGGUCUUUACAGUUUCUUAACGACGUCGAAAUACGAACCAUAUUUUUUUUUUAAUGGACACAAAAUUUAUUGUAUGUACGACUAUUGCAAUUUGAUAAAAUCAAUCAGAAAUAAUUUGAUUACACAUGGCUACAAAACGAUUAGCGGCGAAGUUAUCAAUUUCGAAUAUGUUCGUAGAAUAUAUGAAAUUGAUAAUGAGAACCCUAACAUCAAGAUGUGUCCCAAAUUGACGGAAAAACACAUAAAUCCAGCACUGUGGGAUAAAAUGAGUGUCAGUAGAGCUACUGAAGUUUUAAGCAAUUCUGUAGCUGCCGCAAUGCAUACCUGUAUGCAAAACGGUUGUAUUUCAGACGAUGCAUAUCCGACAGCUGAAUUUAUAAAAAGGCUAAACGAUAUAUUCGACGAAUUAAAUGUUAAAACGACAUCGUCCGCAAACCCCAACAAUAAAGCGAUAUAUCGAAACUGCAAACACAAAAUUGCCCGGCUCGAAGAGGCCAGAGAUUAUUUUGGAAGCUUUGUUGUUAACAGCAAAGCAACUGUACAAUGUAUUGAUGGGUUUUGGCAAACAAUACAGUGUAUAUUAUUGCUCUCCGAAGACAUAUUUAGGGAUUACCCAAACAUCCAAUUUAUAUUGUCUGGUAAAUUAAACCAGGAUGCUUUGGAAAAUUUCUUUUCCCGGAUACGGUCUUCGCUAGGCAAUAAUACACACCCAUCAGUAAAGGAAGUGAGGUACAUAAGCGCCAAAAUAAUCUCUUCCGAUAUUUUAAAAGCAACUAAAAAUACCAAUUCUGAAGAAGAUGGUAGUAUUUCACUUCCAAUAUCACUGAAAAAUACCGGUAACAUUCAUAUUAUUGAAUAUUUAAAAUUGGAACACUCUAAUUCCGACUCCGAAGAUGAUUCAGAGUUCCUUGAGGACAUAAACUUAUGUGAAACACAAGUUAAAAGUAUACGUAGUGUACAACAGUUUGUGCUACGUGCCCUACAGCUAUGA